AUGACUGACGUUUUUGAGCAUAGAAAGACGGGCUCCAUAUCCUCUAUUUCGAGUGAUGAAGAGACUCGUGAAUUAAUUGAAAGUUUGGAAUCCGAAACAAAACGUAAACAAUUAGAGCAAAGCUAUAGUAAAGUUGAUGGUAAUGAGAAAACGCUAGAGCCUACAAAGGGAAGCCAAAUCAACGCCAUUGACACGAAUACUACUAAUAUACUUGCCGAUAUAUCCAGUGGUAGUGGAGCUGGUCCCUCCUCGACUAAGACUGGAGCUGCAACUGUGACUCUGGUCCCAGGUGGUGGUGGUGAUGAAACUGCAACUGAUAUUGCGGCAACUCCAACGAGCUCCAUUCCAAUAAAAAAGCCCAUCAAGUUCACCGUAAGAAAGGUUUCGCACGAUUAUGUUACCAGUCCUGAACCAAACUCUUAUAAUACCCGUAAAUCAUCAGGAUCUAGAUCAGGAUCAGACGGAGGAGGUGUUGGCAAUAACAGCCCGACCACAGAGUCAUUGGCCACAAUUCAAUUGCAAGAAAAUGUGGCCCAUAGCCAAGAGAAGUAUGAUCAGUAUUCAAAGAAGAUUGAACAAAUUCAGAAGGAAAUUGUGUUUUUGCAAAAUCUUUUACCCCCAUAUAACGUUACUGUAGAUUAUCAAACGAGAAUAAAAAUUACAAACGCCGUGGAAAAGCUUAAGAUGAAGCGAGAUGAAUGGGAAAAGAAGAAGUAUUCUUUGGGGAUCACAAUUAGUAGAUUGUGGAGAAGUAUGGAUGAUAACGAUAUAUGGGUGAGAUCAAUGGGGAAACAGUAG